AUGGCUGUGUGGCCAUGGCUGUGUGGCCAUGGCUGUGUGGCCAUGGCUGUGGCCAUCACACAGAGCUACAGCAACAGCUUUUACUUUCAUGUUUUAACUGAAAUUCAAACUGCCCUCUUUUUCUCUUUCACCAGCUUUGACACAAACCCUCUGAGGAGACACACCUUUUGGACCAUAACCGUUGGAGGGACAUUUGUCUGGAUCAGUAUCUAUGGGAUCAACCAGGCCCAGGUUCAGAGAUACAUCUCCUGCAAGAGCCUCACUCAUGCCAGACUAUCUCUGUACAUCAAUCUGUUAGGCCUGUUGUCCAUCUUGCUGUGCUCAGUGUUUGCAGGAAUGUGUCUCUUCUCAGUCUAUAAGAACUGUGACCCAUGGACAGCCGGACUGGUUUCUGCUCCCGAUCAGUUGAUGCCAUAUUUGGUGAUGGACAUCUUGGGAGACUACCCUGGCCUUCCUGGACUGUUUGUUGCAGCUGCUUACAGUGGAUCCCUAAGCACAGUGUCUUCCAGCAUCAAUGCGCUGGCUGCAGUGACAGUAGAGGACCUGAUCAAACCGUACAUCAACAUGUCUGAGAAACACCUGUCCUGGACCUCAAAAGGACUGAGUCUCAUAUAUGGGGUUCUAUGUAUUGGAAUGGCUGGACUGGCUUCACUCAUGGGAGGGAUCUUGCAGGCAGCCAUCAGCAUAUUUGGGGUCAUUGGGGGUCCUUUACUCGGCCUGUUUACAUUGGGUAUCCUCUGUCCAUUUGCCAACUCAAAAGGCGCUUUGUCAGGCCUUCUGUCAGGGUUGGUUGUGUCUCUGUGGGUGGGCAUCGGAGCCCAGAUAUACCCUCCCCCUCCCGAAAUGACCCGACCCCUGUCACUGACCACUGAGGGCUGUAACUUCACCACUACAGACAGCCUCAACUGGACCUCCACUGCUCUGCCAACAGAACCAGCCUCCAUCACCACAGCCCCAUUACACAACAUUGACGGCAAGCCUCUGCUGGCAGAUAACUGGUACUCUCUGUCCUACCUUUACUUCAGUCCUAUUGGAACCAUAGUAGCUAUCAGUGUGGGACUAUUAGUCAGCCUGUUUACAGGAGGCUGGAAGCUGAAAGUGGAAUCAAAGCUCACAUUAAUGAAAGAGGACACAACUCUUUAUCAUCUGGUCAAAAUUUUCAAAGAGAGAGUCAUGAGACGAUCAGGAACGCUUGACCUGACGAGGGACAGAGAGAAGAAAUUUGGCAGCACUAAUCCUGCUUUCUGUGACGUUGAGCUGGACUUAACCAAAAGCAGCAUCCCCACAUGA